AAAUGAGAACCAAAUUUAAUUUACUUCUAAUUAUUUAGCCUUUAAUUGUAUACAAAUUUAAUUGACCAACAAUUAUAUUUUCUAUUUUGUAAACUUGACCGUUAUGAAGGUUGUGAAGGUAUUCCUGAAAAUUAUCAAUACAAAAUGGAGACAAAAUGAUGAUGAAAAAGAUUUGAUUAUGUAACUUUUGAUCCUGUUAAAUCAGUGGUGGAAAAGUAGAUUGAAGUUUAACCAUAAGCUGACAAUGAAAUGAUUUUAUUACCUGGAAACGUUUCAAUAAUGAUAAACAAUCAAUGGCAACAAAUCAUGAUUAUUUCAAAAAGGGUGACAAUUUAUCAAUUGUUUCAAUAAAAUGGAUUGUGAAUAUUGUUCAUAUUUUAAUCAUUGUUAAUUGGGUUGACAACAAACUGAAAAAGGAAUAAUAAUGUUGAUUCAAAUUCUAUCAAUCGUUUGUCUUUUCUUAGCUAAAGAUAUUGCCUGCGAUUCUGUUGAAGACAUCUCUUUCCUUCAAGAUGCCAUCAUGAAAUACAGUCCAGCCUUGAUUAAGGACUUAAUGACCAACAGAAUUGAACACACCAUGGAACACAUUAAGUCGGUUGGAUCAUCAGUCGGAAUCAAUCAAGAUCAACGAUCAUUGUGUGAUAUAAUUCAUUCAUCUUUGAAUAAUUUAGCCCAAGAUAUAAAGUCAAUGGAUAAAGAUCAAGUUAUUUGUAUUCCUAAAGGGAUCAAUAAUUUCCAGAAAUCAAUGAAAUAUUACAUUACCCAAUUCUCAUUGUUGAUUGAAACAUUUGCAAAUCAAUUUGAAAUGUUAAAAACACCCAUUUUAACCCAAUUAACGCCCGACUAUUUACUGAAUCAUCUUAAAGCCAUUGACUCAUCAGCUACCAAGGAAAAAGAGCUUAUUAAUGCUUCACUCAAGGGAUUAGCCGCUUACAUUGAAGACGUUGAAAUCAAGGCCAAUGAAACGACAUCAAGUCAUUCCCAGAAAGUGUUUGCCUCCUCGAUUGUCCGACAAUUACGUGGUUUAUCAAACCAAGUGAAAGAUUUAUCGAAUCAAAUCAAUCCAUCCAACCCAUCCAACUACAAAUCAAUUUUAACCGAAAUCCUCAAUCAAUUCAAACAAUAUAUCGACAUAUUUUACAGGCAAUUUUCAAUGUUGGCGGAAAUUGUCACUCCUGAUACCGUUUCUUCCGGAGUUGAAUUGAGUGUCUAACCUGAGAAUGUAAAAUAUCAACAAUCAAAGAUAAUUCCUUAAUCAA